UGGUAAAAGUCGAAGGAAAAAUUAUUUUAUAACUGAAAUAAAUACAACUUAUUUUUAUUGCCACCAAUUCAAAUUUUUAGAAUUUUUUAAAUUUAUUUUUUUAAAUAUGAUAUUUUGAUCUAAGGGGACUACUCUUUAGUCGAGGUGAAAUGCCAGUAAUGAAACAAAAGACAAAAAAACAUGUUAUUGCUUUAUACACAAAACAAUUUUGUAAAUUUUGAAUUAAAUUAAUAAACAAAAUAUUACGUAUUUUAAAAUAAAAUAUAAUAAAAAUGGAAAGUCUGAAUGAUGAAGAAAUUGCAUUGCCACCAGAUACCCUUAGAAUUCUCAAUCAAUUUUUAGCUGAAAAGGAACUUAAAGAAAAGUUAGAAGAUGAUUUGAUCAAGAAGCAGGAUGCCGAGGCAAAAAUAGAAGAGAACUGGCAACUUAGCCAAUUUUGGUAUAAUGAAAAAACAAAAAAUGACUUAACGAAGAUAAUUCAAAACUUAAUUAAAAGUGAGGAUACAAGAAUAGCACUCUUAUCGUGUCCUUCUAUAUAUAAGACAGUAAAAGCUAUUCAUAAAUGCACAAAAAUUUUUGAAUAUGAUGAAAGAUUUUCUGUUUAUGGAUCCGAUUUUGUUCAUUAUGACAUAAAUAAUGCUGAAAUAGAAGAUUACUUACAAGAAUAUUCAAACUUAUUCGAUAUAAUAAUAGCAGAUCCACCGUUUUUGUCUGAAGACUGUAUUCAAAACAUUUCUCUUAUUGUUAAGAAAUUGGCUAAACCAGAUACAAAGAUUUUAUUUUGCUCUGGUGCAGUAGUUGAAACUUUCGUUUUAAAAUAUUUGGGGUUAACAAAACAGAGUUAUAAACCUGAACAUGAAAGAAAUUUAGGUAAUGAGUUUGUUACAUAUGCAAAUUUUAAUAUUUAA